UCUCCUCCUCCCCCUCCCCCCGUCCCUGAUCGCUGGCUGAGGCGAUGGCGAGCGGCGGCAGUUCGGGUGUCCCGGUGACAGGGGAGGAGGCGGCGGCGGCCGGGCCCGGUGGCUGCGGAGUAGAAGCGGAGGAGGAGGAGGAGCAGGAGGUCUUGGCGUUGGCCGGCCACCUGAGGCGACGCCUGAGGGGCUGGGAGGCGUCGUUGGCUGCCGUGCAGCGACUGCUGGUCUGGGAGAGGCCGCCGCAGAGCCUGGCCGGGGCCGUCGCGCUGGGAGUUGCGCUGUGGUUGUUUUCUUCUACUUCACUGCGUCCACUGUUCCUCCUGAGUGUUGCCCUCAUUGGUUUUCUGUUAUUGGAGAGAUGGAAGCCUCGUUUCCUGCUGGAUUUCUCAGCACAGCCCUUGGAGGAGCCUGGAGGAGACAGUUACAGUGAGAUGGCAGGAGCACAGCCUCACUUGCUGAGUGUCCCAGAGCUCUGUCAUUGCCUGGCUGAGAGCUGGAUUACAUUCAGGCUAUAUUUGCAGGAGCUAUUACAGUACAAGAGGCAAAAUCCUGCCAAGUUCUGUGCCAGGGUCUGCUCAGGAUGCUUGAGCUUAGCUGUGGUAGGACACUAUGUUCCAGGAAUCAUGAUCUCCUACAUUGUCUUGCUCAGCAUCUUGUUGUGGCCUCUGGUGGUGUAUCACGAGCUUAUUCAGAGAAUGUAUACACGUUUGGAGCCCAUCCUGAUGAAACUGGACUACAGCAUGAAGGUGGAGACUUUGCAUCUCAAACAUGAAAAGAAAAAACGUCAAGGAAAGAAUGAACCGGAAGCUGGCAGUGAGCCAAUGGCUGAGACAGAAAGUGAGAGUGAAGCAGAACUGUCUGGUUAUUCUCCAGUGGUAGAUGUGAAGAAGACAGCACUGGCCCUGGCAAUUACAGACUCUGAACUUUCAGAUGAGGAAGCUUCCAUCCUGGAGAGCGGAGGCUUCACUGUCUCCAGAGCAACCACACCACAGCUGACUGAUGUGUCUGAAGAUCUGGAUCAGCAGAGCCUGCCCAGUGAGCCAGAAGAGGCCUUCUCUAAGGACCUGGCAGAGUUCCCCUCUGUGGAAGAAUUCCAUUCCAGAGACUUGCAACCACCUAGUGAGGAAGACAGCUUUGCAGUGCCUGCCCAAGCUGCCGAUCAGCUGGACUCUGCUGAGGAAGAAGCUGCAGCAGUUGGGAGCUCGGACACAUCUAUCUUGUGCCUGGCCUCGCCCCUGCACUUUGUAAAUACACACUUCAAUGGAAAUGGGCAGGCAAUGGUGGGAGGCAUUGCAGAGCCCCAGACUGUCUCUGCGCAGGGCCUGGGGCUGCACAUUGAUUCGCUCAGCCAAGAGAUAGUCACCACAGCCAUCAGCACAGUGGUACAGAACACCUUGUCAGCUCUGCUUCGCUCCUCCGAGGAGAGCGAGGGGCCUUCUCUGUCUGAGUUCCUGCCCUCUGAGCCCGAGGAGAGACUGAGCUUCCAAGCCCAGUUGUCUGAAAGCGAGGAGGUGGGGGCAGCCUCUCUGCCAGAAGAGGAGGAAGAAGCUGACGACUUCGAGCUGCUUGAUCAGAGGGAGCUGGAACAGAUGGAUACAGAGCUAGGCCUUGCCGAAGAGUCAGGUGCUCCAGUGCAGUCCUCUAGCCCCCCUGAAGAGGAAAUGUCGUCCAGCUCCUAGGUCCUGCUGCAUUCCUGGUUUUCUGUAGCUGGAAGGAUGGAUGAAUGGAUGCCCAGCAGAGUUUGAUCAGUGCUGACUGGGGGAUGGGGAACCAUCCACAUUCACAGUGUUAUGUUUGGAAUAUUGUGUCCACCUCCUAAUGUCGGCCUUCCCAACAGGGCGCCAGUGUCCGGCCCAAGCUUCCUAGUGAUGAUGCAGUCAUUUGGUCUGCUGCUGCAGUUGUCUUUGUCUCUUGGUCCUCUGUUUUUCCCCUGCACGCUGCAUUCUCAGCUAAAUGUACCCGCUGCUCAUCCCUACACACCCUGUAGGAAGGUAAAGCUGUUUUACUGGAUAGAGGUGGGAGUGGGAAAUUUUUUAAAUGUGAAGAACUUUUGAAAAAAAAUGUUUUUAUUGAACAGGGAGAGAGGCUAGUUGGGAUGGAGAUACAGGUUUGGGAAUGGAAGUCGGAAACUUGGAACAGAAGAGGCAGGGUUUUUAAGCUGAUGCUUCAAAAAGCACUUUUGUUGGAGUGGAAGGGGGCACAACCGGGUCCCCCCCCCCACCCGUCAUACGCAAAGCUUCUGCAGACUAAAGCCCCAACCCCAGCUUUCCUUCCUAAUCAUUUUAUGCCCUCAACUUCAUUUCCUCCAUACAGUAGUUUUAAUUGUGACACGAGCUGGACUGUGUGGUCUGCUCUUGCCUGUCCUGAACCAUGAGCGAGGCUGGCCAAGUCUCUUUAUGCAAUCUGGAAACUACAAAUUCAUUUUGAUCUGGAAGUGCCCCCUUCCCCUACCUUGCUGUUGCACUUUAAUUGCAAAAUAGCUCUAUACUAUCUGCCCUUUUCUUUGUGUUCACUUUUUACACUCCUGGCUGAGCCAGUCGUGCCCUGUGUUGCAUCCUGGCCGGAGCAGUAUCCUCAGGCCUUGCUCUAGCAAUCAGACUUGCCUUGUGGAGGGGAGGUUUGGGAAGAGAUGGCAUGUGGGUGGAAGUGGGAAGAAGCCUUGUCUCCCUGCAACCAGAAUAAAUUCCUUAGGUUGGUCCGUCCUGCUAGCUUCCCUUUUUUUCCUUUUGAAACCCUAAGGGGCUUCCUUUCUUUCAGUCUUUUAACUGGCAAAGGUCAAGGGUUGCUUUAGCAAAUUGGAAUAGCAUAUCCAUUAUGCUGGCGGGGAGAAAAGAGCUGGAUUGUGCACUGCCCCACCAGCAUUGUUAUUUACUUCCUCUUGUAACGCUUGUUGAGGAAGACUGUUGCUGCUGCUUAAAAGUGUGCAGUUUUAAAUACUUCUGAAAGACUGGCUUUGAAUUGCAAAUGUAUUGAUUUUUAUCGUAGAAGCAGAUUUUUUCCCCUCCUCCCCUCAAUGUGCAUCUUAAUGGGUGCAGUGCAAAGCCAAGAUCUGCCUGUGACAGUGGCAUUCCCCUCUGGCUAGAAUGGUGCUGUGCUCUCUGAAACCAGUCACCUUUUUAUUUAUUUUCCAGAGACUGCAGAGUAUAGUGGAGGGGGGCAGCACUGGAAACCUGUUUGCCUUCUUCUGCUUAAAGAAAGCAUUGAAGGGUCGCAUCACAGGUGUGAUUGCUGGUGUUCUAUACAUUAUCACAAAAGUGACUACAGCUGAGGUUUAUGGUUGUCUGCCCUUCCAGGAGUUCAUUCACCAAGGUGAAAGCGCUGCUCGCUCAGCAUAAAGGCUGCUAAAAUGAUUCCAGACACAUUUGGGAGCCUUUCCUGAAGGCUCCAGUUUUUUAUCGGCUUUGAAGGAUGCAUUGAUUGCUGAGACAUUCAGCGCCCUUCUGCUUUGUAUCAGAUGGCUUCCUGUAUAGCCUAUAUAGGGCUACAGUAUAGGGCUUUUUUAGUCAAUGGGGAAUACCUUUCUGGAAGCCUGUUAGCAAGGCUGUUCUGUUGGCCAGUGUUUUCUUUCUCUGCUGCAUCUCCUGCCCUUCCCUUUUCAAAAGGGUGGAGGGGAAUAGCUGUUAAAAACAGCUUUUCUCUUAAGAGUCUGCACUUUGGAAACAGGCAGCCUCAUGACACUGAGUGUGGCGCUUGCCUGCCUUUGUGAUUUGUCCUAAGCACAGAUUUCACACACUGCCCCCUCCUCCCAAUAGCCGGGAGCCCUUGCUUUCCCUUUCUGGUGCAGGAGGCAUGUUGUAUGUUGGUGUUUCUUGCUUGAGCUCCAAGCCUGCUUCCUUUGCUUGGCGGUGGUGCCAUGCUGCUCCACUAAAGCAGCCUUUUGCUGAAAGUCUGGGAAGUUGCCGAUGUCACCCAGGAAAGGGUCACCCAGGAAAGGGCUUGGAGCUGUGUAGCAGUGUUUCUUCGAUGGCUAUAUAUUUAAACACAAACUGUAGUCUGUUUUUUAAUAAUAAAAAAGUUUAAAGAUGUGA